AUGCGUUCUGACAUUCUUUUCCUUGCCUCUUUGGCAAGCACUGCUUUCGCUUAUCCUACCGAAGUCGCCGUUGAGCGUCGCACUCUCGGUCUGCUUUCCCACCUCCUGGGCAACGCCGCUUCCGAUGUCGUUGGUCUGGUCGACGCAGUUCUCGGUGGAGGUGUCCACGGCUCCGUCUCCGUCUCCGUUCUCGGUGGACUCAGCGCCUCCGGUGCUGCUGCCCUCGGAGGAAGUGCUCUGGGAUGCUCUCACGCUAAGAUCGGUGCUGAUGCUCGUGCUGCCUUGAAGGUGUGGCUUGCUGGUCAAGCCCACAUCAAGGGUCACUUGAAGAGCUCUCUCAUGGCAUGGUGCGAGGGUCAUGGCUCUCUCACUCUCGAUGCCGACGUUAUGGCUGCACUGUCAGUCUUCAUCCCUACCUGUGCGGAAAUCGCCGCCAAGGAUUCCAUCUACGUCACGAUUGAUGGCAUUUUCCCUUCUGCUCAUCUAUCUUCGACUCUCGUUCUCGACGCUUCCCUCCAGGCUAGUCUGGCCGCUUUCCUCCACGCUCACGCCCACGCUGGCCUCCACGCCCACGUCUCCGCUGGUCUUAGCGUUUGUGCCGCUGGUGGUGUCCUGGGCAGCUUGGACGCUGGAAUCAAGACUUCCCUUGUUGCCUGGUUGAACGGCUCCGACUGCCCUCUCGAGGCUAGUCUCCGCGCCUCUGUUCUGGGCUGGUGCCACGGUACUCACGUCGGUGGUCUGGUGGAGAUCGGUGCUAUUGCCGAUACUGCCCUCUCUGCCAUCUCCGUUGGUGCUUCCGUUGGUGCUUCCGUUGAGGCCUCUGGUGUUCUGUCCGUCCACGCCCAGGGCUCCCUCGCUGCUUUCCUCAACGGUCAGGCUGCCGCUGGUAUCGAUGCUGGUCUCCUUGUUGGCCUGAACGCCUGUGCUGGUGGCAAGCUUGCCGCUUCUCUUGAUCUCGAGGCCCGCACUGCUCUUGCUGUCUGGCUCACUGGCUCCAGCUGCUCCCUCGGUGUCGAACUCAAGUCUAUUGUCCUCCUCUGGCUGUCUGCUGCUGUCUCCGCUGACGUCUCUGUCGGUCUGAUUGGUGGUCUCACUGGCGACAUCUCUGCCUUGCUCGGUGGUGACAUCUUUGGUCACCUCAGCAUUGACCUCCGCGGUGCUCUCGGUCUCCUUGCUGGUGGCGAGAGCCUUCUUGGUCUGUCCUGGGGUGCUCGUGCUGAGUUGGCUGCCUUCCUCGGUGGCUGCACUGGCCUCGACAUUGGUGUUUCUACCCAGCUGAUCAUCUCUCAGUGGUUCACCGGCUGCAGCCUUCCCGGUGCUCCUUCCCCCUCCACCUCUGUUUCCACCCCCAACGGUGCCUCGAGCAGCAGCCUCAUCCCCUCCGGUGCCUCUCCCACCGGCUCCAAGCCCUCUGCAUCUGUCCCUGCUGGUGGUGUUCCCACCGGUGUUUCUCCCACUGGAAGUGUCCCUGCUGGAAGUGUCCCUACCGGCUCUGCUUCUGGUUCUACCUCUGGCUCCGCUAACGGCUCCAGCUCUGCUUCCGGUUCUGCUUCUGGCUCUGGCUCUGCUAACGGCUCUGGCUCCGUUUCUGGCUCUGGCUCUGCUAACGGCUCUGGCUCUGACUCUGGUGUUUCCGCCACUGGCAGCUCUGGCUCUGGCUCUGCAAACGGCUCUGGCUCCGUUUCUGGCUCUGGCUCUGCUAACGGCUCCGGCUCUGCUUCCGGUUCUGCUUCUGGCUCUGGCUCUGCUUCUGGCUCUGGCUCCGUUUCUGGCUCUGGCUCUGCUAACGGCUCUGGCUCUGCUUCUGGCUCUGGAUCUGCCAACGGCUCUGGCUCUGACUCUGGUGUUUCCGCCACUGGCAGCUCUGGCUCUGGCUCUGCUAACGGCUCUGGCUCUGCUAACGGCUCUGGCUCUGCUUCUGGCUCUGGAUCUGCUAACGGCUCCGGCUCUGACUCUGGUGUUUCCGCCACUGGCAGCUCUGGCUCUGACUCUUCGUCCUCUUCUUGCGGAGUUCCUGCCUCUGAGACUGGGCCUGCUUCUGGCUCUGGUGUUUCCGCCACUGGCAGCUCCGGCUCUGGCUCUGCUAACGGCUCUGGCUCUGCCAACGGUUCCGGCUCUGUCUCCGGCUCUGGCUCUGCUUCUGGCUCUGGCUCUGACUCCGGUGUUUCCGCCACUGGUAGCUCCGGCUCCGGCUCUGCUUCUGGCUCUGGCUCUGCUAAUGGCUCUGGCUCUGCUAAUGGCUCUGGCUCUGACUCCGGCGUUUCCGCCACUGGCAGCUCUGGCUCUGGCUCCGCUAACGGCUCUGACUCCGGCUCCGGUUCUGGCGCUGCCUCUGCUUCUAUGCCUGCUGGCGGUGAUGCCGCUCCUACUGCCACUGCCUCCGGCUCCAGCCACACCGCCAGCUCUACAUCCUGGGCUACUACCUGGACUGUUGGCGGUGGUGCUCCUGCCCCCACUGCUGCUCCUGUCGUCACCGGCUCCAGCGGUUCCUACAGCGCCUGGACCGAGACCGUCACUGUCUACCAGACUGUCUGCGGUUGCGAGUAA